GGGAAGUACGCCGAGGCGGAAGAGAUGAAUCGGCGGGCCCUAGCGGGGUUUAGAGAGGUGCUGGGGUUAGAUUAUCCCGACACGUUAACUAGCGUGAACGAUCUAGCAUUAGUACUAUAAUACCAAGGGAAGUACGGUAAGGCGGAAGUAAUGCACCGGCGAGUACUAGCGGAGUACGAGAAGGUACUAGGGUUAGAUUAUCCUUCCACGUUAACUAGUGUGAACAAUCUAGCAUCAGUGCUACAAGAUCAAGGGAAGUAUACUGAGGCGGAAGAGAUAAAUCGGCGAGCCCUAGCGGGGUUCGGAGAGGGGCUAGGGUUAGAUUAUCCUUACACGUUGACUAGCGUGAGUAAUCUAGUAUUAGUGCUGUAA